AUGGCGAUGGCAGGCGGCACCGCUCCCGCGCGCAUGUUCGCGGCCGCGCUGGUGGUGGCCCGGGCUCAGAUGAGGGGCGACCUCAGCAUGGAGGAGUGCACGCCGGACGGCGCCUGCACCUCCACGGACUACAGCGUCGUGCUGGACAUGAGCUGGAGGUGGAUGCACAACGUCGGCGGGUACACCAACUGCAUCGGCGAGGCGGACCACAUGUGGUCCAAGGACUACUGCCCCGACGCGGCGACCUGCGCCAAGAAGUGCGCCGUGGAGGGCCUGAACUCCACCCAGUACAGCGAAACCUACGGCAUCGAGGCGUCAAAGGACGCCUCCAGCCUGACGCUGAAGUACGUGCCCGGCUCGCGCGAGUACCUGAUGUUCCAGCUGAAGAACCGGGAGUUCACGUUCGACAUCGACCUCUCCACACUGCCCUGCGGCACCAACGCAGCUCUCUAUCUCAUCGAGAUGGCCCCAGACGGCGGCGGCUCGGACGCGGGCGCCGCGUACGGCGCCGGCUACUGCGACGCGCAGUGCCCGCAGGGCAUGAAGUUCAUCAACAAUAAGGAUUGGGGCAUGACCCUCGCGGAGAGCCCAGAGUACGAGUGGGUCGAGGUCGGCCCCGUGGGCAAGUACGGCGCCUGCUGCGCCGAGUUCGACAUCCUCGAGGCGAACAACAAGGCGAUCGCGAUCACGUCACACCCCUGCACCAUCGAGGGGCUUCAGACGUGCUCCAGCGACGAGGAGUGCGGCAACAAGAGCAAGGGUUUGCCGGGCUACUGCGACAAGGACGGCUGCGGCCUCAACCCGUACCGACUGGGCGAGCCCACCUUCUAUGGCCCAGGCCGCGAGUUCACCUUGGACACAUCCAAGCCGUUCACCGUGAUCACCCAGUUCGUCACCGAGGAUGGCACCGACGAAGGCGCCAUCGUCGACAUCCGGCGCAAAUACGUGCAGGGCGGCCAGGUUAUCGACAACGCCAUCGCCACCGCCCUGGACGAGGCCGAGCAGGGCAACAGCCUGACCGACGACCUCUGCACGGCCAUCGUCAAGAAGUUCAACGUCACGAAGAAGAGCGACAAGCUCCACAAAGCGAAGAAAAGUCGUACCUGGAUGGACACCUUCAAGAUGGCUGGCGGCAGCAAGGCGAUGGGCGAGGCCAUCGGACGAGGCAUGGUGAUGUCCAUGUCGGUGUGGGACGACGGCCUCGGCAGGAUGAAUUGGCUCGACAGCGAGAAGACGCUCAUCGACGAGGACAUCAACGACCCGGGCGUCGCCCGUGGCCCCUGCGCCUUCGAGGACGGCGACCCCAAGAAGCUCAGGGCCGAGAACAAGCAGGCCUACGUCACUUUCAGCAAUCUCAGGGUCGGCCCCAUCGGCUCGGCCCUGGCAGCCACUGCCGCCGCCCUGGGGGCGAGCGCCGUGGAAGCCGUCGGGGACCUCGUGGUGCCCGCAGCGGGCGCCGACGACGCGGUCACCGCCGCCGCUGCGCCCGAGCCGGUGCUGCCGUCGACGACGCCGGCGUCCACGGCGCCGCCCACGACGCCAGCAGCACCGUUCACGCCGACGGGCGGCUGCGAGUGGAUCCCGGAGGACGACUGCGUGGACGUGAACGAGUUCGCCUGCGGGUGCCGUAGAGACAACCCCGGGGGGCCCUGCACGCCGUGCGGCCCCAACAUGGAGCCCUCCGCGCCGAAGGCGGCCCUCUUCGAGCUGCCCUCCCAGCCGUCGGCGCGCGGCGGCAAGCCCGCCGCCGGCGCGGCGGCGCUGGCGGCGCUGUGCGCCGCCGCCGCGGGGGCGGCGGUGGUGGCCGCCGCGGCGGCGGCCCGCCGCGGGCGGCGCCGGGGCGCGCAGGUCGUGCAGCUGCUGGCCGGCGACGAGGAGGCCACGGCCGUGGAGUGA